CGUUUCACGUUCAACAACAGACGUCCUUAAGUGCGAAUCGGUUGAACUAUUCCAUCGGUCGAUCCGUUACUUUUACACUAAAUCCCAUGUUAAACAGUCGUUAGAACUUAAUACGUACACAAAUAGAAUUAAUAAAAUAAAAAUAAAAAUAUAUUAAUAAACAAUUGUGUUUAUUUAUUUAGUUUUAUAGACGAUUUAAUGUAAGUACAGCACACAUGAAUUUGUUUACGAUUUUUUGUUAUUUAACCGUGAUGUGCGACACUCAAGUCAAGCCGGCUGCGAGCGCACAAAGAUUGCAGAGUGUGAACCAAAAUGUGACACCAGCCAUCGAUGGACGUAAAACCAUCAGAGAAACGUCAACAUAUUCAACUCGAUACGAUUAUAUUGAUAUUGAAGCUGUUAUGAACAAUGAACGAAUUAUAAAAGUUCUCUUCAAUUGUGUUAUGAGCCGAGGACCGUGUACCAGAGAGGGUUUGGAGCUCAAAAGGAUUGUUCCGGAUGCAAUACAAACAGAAUGUGCUAAAUGUAAUGAAAGACAAAGAAAACAAGCAGGAAAAGUUUUAGCUCAUUUACUACAAUAUAAACCAGAAUACUGGAAAAUGUUGUUGCAAAAAUUUGAUCCAAAUAAUGUGUAUUUGAGAAGGUAUAUGGCAGACAAUGAUGAUGACGAAAAAUUAUCUCUUCAAAAGCUUAGCAACGAUACUACUAAAUAAUAAAAACUUAAUUUUUAGUUAUAUAUUUUUUAUUAUAAAAUAACUAAUUUUGUAUUUUCUUCUGAAUUUAUUUAUAUAUUAAAUUAUGUAUAAUAAGUCAAUGCACCUAUAAUUAUAGAAGUAGUUUUUAUAAUACUUACUAUAUUAUUUUCAAAAUAUGUUUUAUGUAAUUCAGUUAUUGAUAUUAUUUAUUUUUAUAUACACAUAUAUUUAUAUUUUUGAUAGUUUUUAUUUCAUACACAUUUUGUAAAUUAUCAUUAUUUUAAAUUUCUAUAUUAUAAUAUGCCUAUUAAUAGGUUAUUAUAUUUAUAUAAGUUGAUGUCUUAAAUAUUCAUUUAUCAUUUUAAAUUAUAUAUAUUGAUCUUUAAGUUUUUUUAAACUGUGGUCUAAAAAUAAAUCAUUUUGUGUGAAUAAAUA